CAAAACUAUUUCUGGAAAAAAGGGCAGUUUAUUAGCCGGCGCGUGAAGCUCUUUUAUACCACAGAUCUCUGCCUCAUUGUCUGGAAAAUACUCACUUUUGCGCGGUGUGUGUGUUUGAUGUUGAUUGGGGGAGAGAGAGAGAGAGAGAGAGGGAGGGAGGGAGAGAGAGGGAGAGGGAGAGCGCGCUCUCAGAGGGACAGUCGUUUUAUACCAUGCAUAACUAUAAGUGCUUCUGUUCGCUUUGUUUACCUUCUGGUCAGAUCACAACUUCCUGAAAACCUUUGCCACGAACUGAUGAUACUCUUUUUUUCUUUUUUCUCCUCCCUCGCCAGCCGAGUGACGUCUCGUAAGGAAAAGGGGGCUGGAAACUGUGCGCGCAGUGGAUCCCUCGCUGUGACUCAUUCAUUUUGUAUAAAAAUGCGAGCGGUUGCGGACACCGAGCGAGAGACGCGGCUUUAAUUAGCGGUGUGUGUGUGGGGGUGUUUUUUCUUUAUUUUUUCUUAGGCGCAUACUGCUCGUUAUCUUGCUUUUUUAUUUGUAUUGGGAGGUGUGGAGAUGAUGAUAUGCACCCUUUGGGAGACAGACACCACAGCGGACCGAGCCGCCCCCCCUCCCCUCCUCCCCUCUGCGCUCCCGUGGAGUUCGUCCGAGACGAGGAAGAAUGUCACCCACUUCUGCCGGCCCUAACAUCUAAGUAUUACUGAGAGAGAAUCGGUCCCAGUUCUCUGCGUGUUAUUUGGUUGCGUUGCCGCUUUUUUAUGUUGUGGAGAUCCUUCAGCAGCAGCUUCACUGUGUUUCUUUGGAUUCACUAUAAAUGGACUAAAUCAGGGCCAGCUCGUCUUCUAUCUUCUUCUAAUAGAGAUAUUUUCUGACUGAUGGAUGUAUAGCCUCUCGUCUCCGGAUUACCGUGAGGAGCCCUCGCUAUUCAACAAGCUGCGCCGCUCACGAUGGGCGCAGUUCGUCUGAGUCCUCCACUGCGUCUCGGUUCUCUAGCCCCGCUUGUUGAAUCUCCACUAACGACUAUGGGCUCGUUUUAAACAAAACAAAAAACUUCCUCGCCCUCUCUGUUUUUUCUAUAUAUCUUCCUGUGGAUUCUCAGACUCCCAAUCUUUAUCACCACCCACCCCCCCUCCACAAAAGAAAAGUUGAUCAUGGCUCGUCCCGGUUCGCGCGUAAAGCUGAGCGCCUUGUGGAGAGCGUUGUGGCUCGUGCGGACCGCGGUGGAUUUUGCGCUGCCUCAGGAGACUUACGCGCCCCACUCGAUACGGACCGAGGGCCACCUGACCCUCGGCGGGCUCUUCCCGGUGCACUCCAGAGGCGCCGACGGAGCGCCGUGCGGCGACCUCAAGAAGGAGAACGGCAUCCAGCGGCUCGAGGCCAUGAUGUACGCACUGGAUCAGAUCAACCUGGACGAGAAACUCUUGCCCAACAUCAUGUUGGGCGCGCGGGUGCUGGACACUUGCUCGAGGGAUACCUACGCGCUGGAGCAGUCCUUAACUUUCGUCCAGGCCCUGAUCACGAAGGACACUUCCGACGUGAGAUGCACGAACGGGGAGGCGCCGGUGUUCGUCAAGCCGGAAAAAGUGGUGGGAGUCGUCGGAGCCUCGGCGAGCUCGGUGUCGAUCAUGGUUGCCAACAUCCUACGCCUCUUUCAGAUCCCGCAGAUCAGCUACGCGUCAACGGCCCCGGAGUUGAGCGAUGACCGGCGCUAUGACUUCUUCUCUCGGGUGGUUCCCCCGGACUCGUUCCAGGCCCAGGCCAUGGUGGACAUCAUCCGAGCCCUGGGCUGGACGUACGUCUCCACCAUCGCCUCAGAGGGCAGCUACGGAGAGAAGGGAGUGGAGGCCUUCACACAGCUCUCCAAAGAAGCAGGUGGAAUCUGCAUCGCCCAGUCUUUGAAAAUUCCCCACAACCCCAAGCUGGAAGAUUACGACAAAGCCAUCCAACAACUGCUGGAAACGCAGCACUCGCGGGCAGUCAUCAUCUUCGCCAGCGAAGAAGAUAUACGGGGAGUUCUCAAUUCCUCCAAGAGGGCCAAUCAAGUGGGCCAUUUCCUGUGGAUUGGAUCUGACAGCUGGGGGGCCAAGAGCAGCCCGAUCCACCAGCUCGAGGAUGUAGCGGUGGGAGCGGUCACUAUACUGCCCAAACGCUCCUCCAUUGAAGGGUUCGAUGAAUACUUCACCGGGCUCACCCUGGAGAACAACCGCAGGAACGUGUGGUUCGCCGAAUUCUGGGAGGAAAACUUUGACUGCAGGCUCCUCAGUGCCUCGAAGAGAGAGGACACGAGCCGUAAAUGCACAGGCAAGGAGCGCAUCGGGAGCGAAUCCAAGUACGAGCAGGAAGGGAAGGUGCAGUUUGUGAUUGACGCGGUGUACGCCAUGGCCCACGCUCUGCACAACAUGCAGAGGGAGUUGUGUCCCGAUCAUCCUGGCGUUUGUCCACAAAUGGAGUCCGCCGAGGGGAAGACUCUGCUGAAGUACAUACGAAGCACCAGCUUCAACGGCAGCGCCGGCACCUCGGUCAUGUUCAACAAGAACGGCGAUGCUCCAGGACGCUACGACCUGUUCCAGUUCCAGAUGACCAACUCCUCCACCCCAGAGUAUAGAGUGGUGGGCCAGUGGGUGGAGAACCUGCAGCUCAGGCUGGAGGAGCUUCAGUGGCCAGAUGGGGAGCAGGAGGUGCCCAUCUCGGUGUGCAGUCUGCCCUGCAAAACCGGAGAGAGGAAGAAGAGGGUAAAGGGCAUGCCGUGCUGCUGGCACUGCGAGCUGUGCGACGGCUACCAGUACCAGUACGACGAGACUUCCUGCCGACUGUGUGCCUACAACAUGAGGCCCAACCCCAACAGAACCGCCUGCCAGCCCAUCCCCAUCGUCAAGCUGGAGUGGCACUCCGCUUGGGCGAUCAUCCCCGUCUUCCUGGCCAUGCUCGGCAUCAUCGCCACCAUCUUCGUCAUGGCGACGUUCUUGCGCCACAACGACACCCCCAUCGUGCGGGCGUCGGGCCGAGAGCUGAGCUACGUGCUGCUAACUGGCAUCUUCCUGUGUUACAUCAUCACCUUCCUCAUGAUCGCCAAGCCCGACGUGGCCGUGUGCGCCUUCAGGAGGAUCUUCCUGGGCCUGGGCAUGUGCAUCAGCUACGCGGCGCUGCUCACCAAGACCAACCGCAUCUAUCGGAUCUUCGAGCAGGGCAAGCAGACGGUUACGGCCCCGCGCUUCAUCAGUCCCACCUCCCAGAUCGCCAUCACCUCCAGUCUGAUCUGCGUGCAGCUGCUGGGCGUGCUGGUGUGGUUCGCCGUAGACCCUCCGAACACCAUCGUCGACUACGACGAGCAGAAGACCAUGAACCCCAUGCUGGCCCGCGGCGUGCUGAAGUGCGACAUCACAGACCUGCAGAUAAUCUGCUCGCUGGGCUACAGCAUCCUGUUGAUGGUGACCUGCACCAUCUACGCCAUCAAGACGAGGGACGUACCGGAAGACUUCAACGAAGCCAAGCCCAUCGGCUUCACUAUGUACACCACUUGCAUAGUCUGGCUGGCCUUCAUCCCGAUUUUCUUUGGCACGGCCCAGUCGGCAGAGAAGCUGUACAUUCAGACCACCACACUGACCAUUUCCAUGAACCUCAGUGCCUCGGUAGCACUGGGCAUGCUCUACAUGCCCAAGGUGUACAUCAUCAUCUUCCACCCUGAGAUGAACGUGCAGAAGAGGAAGCGCAGCUUCAAGGCCGUGGUCACGGCCGCCACCAUGUCGUCGCGCCUGUCGCAGAAGCCCAGCGAGAGGCCCAACGGAGAGGCCAAGACCGAGCUGUGUGAGAACCCCGCCGCUGACCCCAUGAGUAAGUAAGGCGAGAUGAGACCGACUUUAUUGUUUUCUUUUUCUUGGACAAUACGGCUGCAAAGACUCUAAAAGAUAACAUACAAAGACAAAGAAGAAAGACGUGCACAUGCCUCAUGCUUUACAUUAACUUGUUCACUAUUGCGAUAUAAAUAUUGUUAAAGCCACACAAAAUUGUAUGUAAAUCUCAUUUUUCAUGUUGAUUGAUGCUAUAGAAAGAGCUGGCCGUGGACUAGAAGAGGUCUGCUCUGUUCUUCAUGAGAUCUCAACCCCAUUUAAGAUCUGUUUGAGUCGUUCCUCUGAAGGUAAUAGUUUGUAUUCAGAAUACACAGGAGUCUGUGUUCGUGUCUUACAACAGUGAGGGAACCACAACAGCCUCAGAGCCACAUACGUAUGAACCAAGCUCAUUUAAGUUAACAUCAGACAACGUUUUAAGUGUAAUCAGGAUAUGUUACCCGCUGCUUUACAGCUCAACGGUUAGCAAUUUGUAAAAGUGGUCACACUGCCUGAAUGUAGCAGUUUGUGCGAAGAUCGAACCAAAUUAUGCACCAGAGUUUGUCAAAAAACAUGGAUUUCAUAUCAACUAUUUCUGGAUUACAGUCUGUCCAUUCAGUCUACGAUGAGUUAAUAAAGCUUAUGUAGAGAUGUGUUCUACAGACAGAGAGCCAGGAGUUGAGAUCUACAUAUAUAUCCAUGCUUGAAGCGUUUCCAUCUUUUUUUUUAUCUAAGGACGACGAAUGAGAUGUCUUUCUGUUCUUCAUAUUUCCUUUCUUGAACCAUAAAGUCCCAUUCCAGCACUUUAAUUGUGUGGUAAAAAGCACGUGUAACGUGCUGUCGCAUGGAAGGAGUUCUCUCGGGUUCCUGGUAAAACGGUUUAACCUUUAGCUCGAGUGCGCGGCAGCGAACAAGAAAGGAGACAUGGAAGGCGUCUGUGGCUGCGUGUUACUCACUCCACCCUGCAUCUGGAACCAUAAGCAUGAUCCUGUGAGCAAAGAUAACACCGGGUAUUAGGACGUGAGUGAGGAAGCCUGCGUGCUUCCACAGUGAGGUGUUUGUGCGAAACACCAACACUUGAAAGGGUUUCAGCGAGGAAAAAAAGAAAACACGACUGCAAAAAGCUGGAAUGUAGACCAACGUUGCCAUGGAAGCUCUUUGCUCUCUCUCGCUCUCUCUCAAGUUGUCAGGAUGAAGACGGAGAUGAUUGACAGCUCAUGCAAAUCACACAUCACAGGCCUCCUCUCCCGCAACGCCUCUAAUCACACGGAGCCAUCGUGGCACCCACAGGUGCGCCCGCCCCUCCACCCCCUCUUUGAAUUAAGCCGAUGAGAUGACAGAUUUUACCGGGAAUUUCUCCAAGCACCCAACAGUUGUCACACUCAUCUGUCGGGAGCCAAAUAAGCUCGUGUGUGUGUCUGUUUGUGUGAGUGUGCAUCCGUGUGUGACUGAAAGUGUAUAAAUCAGAGAGCUGAUGCAACGUGUAUCAGGGGGAGGGGGGGGGGGACAUAUCCUUCCCUGCACACAUGUGGCUCAAUGAGCAAAUUCCUUCUGCACUGAGGGUGAAACCUUCACAUCUGUCGCAGCAGCGCAUCCAAAGUCCCCAAGCGGGGCCACGCGGUGUCCUCCCAGAAGUGCACCGCGUCAUCCGCUCGGCGUGUGUCUCUCACCUUCUGUCUCCCCUACACGAAGGUCUUCUCGCCUCGCCUCCCCUCCCUGCACACUCUCUCCUCCUCUUGCCCUUCUUUUCCAGCGGCAGGAAGAAGUGACAUUUAUUCAUGGCAAAUUUAUGUGCAUGACCGCCCCCCCCAUAGAAACCUGCACUGUGCCUCGUCCGUCCCAGGAGACUGUCCGUCAAUUCCUGUAACCAUCAGAGCGCCAAAUACCUCCCUUUCAGGGCCCAUCAGCCCAGUACGACGUCACGCAUUGGAGUGAUUUACGGGAUUAACAGCAUUAGCAGUUCUGCAGAUUUACAUCGGUGCUGAUGUGAUGUCGUCAUAAUUACGCCUCUUAAAGACCUUGCAAAUCAGAGAUUGUUGAAAUGCUUCACGUUCCCAAUAUAGAUCGAUCAAAAGCAGGCAUGUGAGGCUGUGAGGAAGCUUUUCAGAUCAAUUCCAAUGAGUACGGUGGGAAGUGAACAGAACCAGCAGGACCACAUGAAAUGAAAGCUGUGGGAUGAGAUGAAUAAUAAGAUAUCCAUGUCAACAAUUAAGAUGAGAGCGUAGGGAGAUGUCUCAACCCCAGACAAGUAAACACAAACUCACGCAUUCACGCACAGCGUCUAGCUAAAAAAAAAAGAAGUUAGUUAGUUAACAAGAAUCUGCUGUAUAUUUACUAAUGUUUUAUUCAUCAUACUGGCCAAGAUAACAAAAUGCAGCUGUAAAGAAACGGUGCGACUUUAAUUGCAUAGUCCAUGGGAGCUGGUCGCCAUAGCAACAUUAAAGCAGUGGAAUGAGAAUUUACAGCAAUGUCUGUGAUAAACAAAACAAAAAUAAAAUGCACACAUGGUCCCUCUCCAACGCACUCGUCCUUGUACUCGGCGUCGGCCCGCUGACCACAUGAUCCCAGUCUUCAACCCUAAAACAGCCUCUUUACACAAGUCCUGACGAGCCACAAACGCCGUCACUCUGAAGGCCUGAAGCUGGUUCUCAUAGCGAUACACACACACACACACACACACACACACAGCACCUAGGCACU